UCUCUUGGAAAAUUUUGUCAAUUUAACACCGAUUGCGAUGACCGCGAAAAUUUGAAAUGUUCAGAUGAUAAGAUAUGUGCUUGCAAAGAUCAUUAUGCUCUAUUGAACGGUACAUGCAUACCAGUUUCAAAUGGAUUUUGUUCACACAACAUCGAGUGUAAAUUGCAUGGCUUCUACUGUGUCAAUAAUGAGUGUCAAUGCAAGUCUAAUUUCACCUUGGUGUCGGAGCAUCAAUGCGUUGAAACGAAUUUGGUUUCUUCCUGCAUUGACUCCAUAGAUUGUGGCGAUUUUUGGCACGCUAAAUGUGUAAAUAACAAAUGCGUCUGUACUUACAAUCACGUUGCGAUUAAUAACUCAACGUGUUAUCCAAUUUCAGGCGGUCUGUGUUGGACUGACCACCAAUGCCCAGAACAAAAUUUUGAAUGCAUUGAUUUUCAUUGCAAA